AUGUUUACAAGAGAACCAAAUGACUACGAGCAAUUGUAUACACCGAAUGCAGACGGAGUUGAAGAUAGAGGGGAGAACGACCAACUGGACGUUUAUCAUGAGUUUAAUAACGAGAACAUUACUCGGGCUGAUGACGGUAGAUAUCAAGUCAAAGUACCAUCGAUUCCAGGACAGUCUUUACCAAAUAGCAAUCUAGAACAAAGUCGAAAGCGAUUAGUUAAUGUAUGCAAAAAGAUCGAGCGAGAUGAGAAGUUAAAGAACAAUUAUGAUGAAAUAAUCGAGAAUCAAUUAGAGUCGGGUAUCAUUGAAGGCGCACCACAGAAACCGAAUGGUGAACAAGUAUAUCAUAUACCACACAAACCUGUCGUCAGAGAGGAGGCAAAUAAAGCCAAAGAUAGCGCGGAGAUUCCCAAGAAUUUUAGAAAUUUUGGACUGGUCGGUGAUAGUUCGGAAAAUCCAUGUGUUUUGAACGAUGGAAAAGAAAGAGAAGACAUGAAUGAGGAAAUUGAGGGACAUGAAAAUAAACCAGAACGGUUGAGAAAACUGAAGGCAGUAACUGCGGAAGAAACGAAGGAAGGACAAGGUGAUGAAGACGAAAAUGCCUACGACAAUUCUGACCAAAAUGAAACGUUUGAAUUGAUGGAUGAAAGUGGAGCGCAGGAAAGUGGAAAGAAAUUGAAAGGAAACGAAGUAGAAAACCUUGAGGAAAAUGGCAUAAAAACGAAAGGGAAAGUUAAGAGUAAUGUUGUUUCACAAGGAAACACUAAAGAAACUAGUAGUGUUGAAAAGACAAUUGAACGUAAGAAAAAGAAGAGAAAAAUUACAGACGAAAAUAGAAUGAAAGAAAAGUCGAAGAAAAGCAAGAAAGCAAAGUUGGUGAAGAAUGGGACUGACGAGGACAAUAUAAUUGGAAGUGAUGUAUCAGAUUUAGAAAAGUUCAAAGUCGAGACUACAGCAAUCUUAGAAGGUGCCAAACUACCACUACACAAGUGGGAGUCCAACGUAGAAAGCAGUCAAGAAGAGGAACAAAUCCUAACACCCAACACUAUGCUCUGGGGACAGAAUUCGUAUGCAUUGGGAGAUUUAAGCGAGGAAGAAGAUCGAAACGAAGUUGGUAGUCUAUACAAACGUCUUACUAUGGCAAGACAACACGCAUGGUCGAGAUGGCAACGGGAAUAUAUCCAUGGAUUAAUGGGAGUAUCAUCGUGUGAAUAAAAGCACAUCUCCUGUACCAGAGAUUCGGGAAAUUGUAUUGAUCGUUGGAGACAAAAAGAACCGAGGACGGUGGAUGAAAGGCAAAGUUGUCAACUACGUGAAAGGAAAGGACGGUGUAAUUAGAGCCAGUUAUUGUGUUACAUAAGGGUAACUAUUUGGAACGACCUAGUAUGUCCUUUAGUAUGUUUUUUGGAGAUAAGGAGCGUGCUUAAGGAAGAUCAGGGAAGACACAACGAAAGUACUAAAGAUAAUGAUAAAUUAAAGGAAAGACCAGAACGGAAAGCAGCAAAGAUCGCGAAAGUUAACUUCAAAGAACAGUUGAAAGACGAUUAA